CAUUUACUCUGAAGGAGGAGGACGGAAGCCUUGACGCUGCUGCUGCUGCUGGUUGAGCGCAGGCUAGCCAAGAUGGCGGAAUACUUGGCGUCCAUUUUUGGGACAGAGAAAGAUAAGGUCAACUGCUCGUUUUAUUUUAAAAUUGGUGCCUGUCGACAUGGCGACCGCUGCUCCAGAUUACACAAUAAACCAACAUUCAGCCAGACAAUUGCCCUCCUGAACAUUUACAGGAACCCUCAGAACAGUGCCCAGUCUGCUGAUGGCCUCACCUGUGCCAUCAGUGACAUGGAGAUGCAGGAGCACUAUGAUGAGUUUUUUGAGGAGGUCUUCACAGAGAUGGAGGAAAAGUAUGGAGAGGUGGAGGAAAUGAACGUGUGUGACAACCUCGGUGACCACCUAGUUGGAAAUGUGUAUGUCAAGGUGAGCAUCGGUUCUAAAAACGACAUAUAUUACCACUGCUUUAAUACCA